AUGAUUGUUUCUGCGAGCACAGAGGUGUACAUCGCCACUGCGCCUGGACCGGUCAAUCCAUACCACGUGCAGGUCUUGCCGGUGAAGCAUGCGCCGUGCUUUGCUGCUUGCCCGCCUGACCUGCAGAAGGCAUUGAAGGUGCAGAUGGUUGCCCUGCAAAAGAUGUUUGCAGAUGCAGGUCAAGAGUGCCUGAUAUGGGAGAGAUGGAUACCGAUGGGCACGUCAGCUGCAAACCACAUGCAGAUACAGGUGCUGCCCAUCGACAAAUCACGUUGCGGUGCUGAAGCCAGAGAAGCGCUCGAGGCUGCCACGAAGCAGCAUCUCUCCGGCGCGACGUUCAAGCGGAUAUCAAGCCAUGAAGAUGUGGCGGACAACUUGAACGAUGAUCCGACCGCUCCGUACAUCUACUUCGAGAUCCCUGGCGACCUCAGUGCCAAAGGUCGGCAAGUCGAGCGGUUUCUGUAUGCCGCGUUGCCGAAUGGAGGUGGCCCGCUGCGCACUCGGGCCAGGUUGUGA